CUUACCCCUUCACCCACCUGUCCGUCAAACGUGCUCGACGCCGCGCGGACAGCCCCGGGCGCCCGGAAAUGAAGCGAAGAGUAUCUAUACAGCGAAAUCACCCUCAUCAUAUCCAGGGCUAACUAGACGCACUCUUGUCUUCCUUCCUGUGCAAGCACUUUUCUUGGGGCCUUCUUGUCGUCAUGGACUCGUCACCACUCGUCAAAGCGCACGACCACGCCCGCGCGGCUGCCGUCGCGACCCGUCAGGCCCAGCAGGCCACGACGUCGGACACGACUGUCGCCAUCAGCGAACACACCCACGCCGCUGGCGAAUUCGCCAAUGCCGCGCGCAGCACCACCAGCCUCGAGGCCCUGCGCACCCUUAAGCUGCUGGAGGAGCACCACAGGCGCCUCGCGGAGAUCCUCAAGCUCCCCCCGGAGCCGACCUCGCAGACGGGAGACGAUGAAGAGGAGACUGGGGAGAAGGCAUCCGUGCAGGAUGAAAAGGGCGAGUCCGCGACCGGCCAGCAGUCGACCAGCAGGAGAGAGCCCCACGGUUCCAAGGGUGCGCAGAUGCCCAGCCUCGCACAGCAGCGCCGAAUCGCGGCGCGGGAGAUGUCAUCGUCGAUUGCGAGCAACCUUGCCUCCGCCAGGGGGAUUCGAUCCAAGUACCGCGAGCAGCCGCUCAGCCCCAGCGUUUCCAACGAUCAGGCUCCCGGCAACGUCGAUCCCCACCCGCGCCGCGACGGCUCCAAGGCCAAGAUGCAGGACAUCAUUGACCACCAGACGGGGACGCCGACCUGGGUGCCGCCGAUGAGCGCCCCCCGGAAGCAAGAGAUGCGAUCCAAAGGCGUGCCGUCGCCUCGCGCAGAAGUCCCGAGUGCUGCGUCGACCGAGGACGCUGGGUACGCCCGUUUCUACAACACCUUCGGGAAUCUUAUCAACAAAAUCUCGGCCCCGUUGGCGUUCGCCGGCCUACCACUCAUUCAGGAGGAACCAGGGUCCGAGGAAGCUAGAGAGCCAACCGAGGCGAGGUCCGCUUCCCCAACGUCUGCAAAGCGCAAGGCCCCUCGCCCGCCGCCCAGUUCUCUCAGCUUAGACCCCGACCUGUCGAAGAUCUACUCCAAGGCCACCAUGAGAGCGUUGGCGAGAGAGGGACAUAGCGCCAGUGAUUCCUUCUACGUAGUGCCAACUAGCGGGCACACCAUGUCCUACGCAAACAUUUUGACGUACGCCGAGAAGGAGAAGCGACGCCUCGAGGCGUCUGCGCACAGCGACCUCGCGCCGCCAGCCGAGGAGGACGAGGAGGACUUUGUCGAUGCCAGGGAGACGCUGGUGCCGCUUUCGCCGGGAGCCAGGCGCAGAGCGGCUCGCAGCCAAAGCCACACGGAAAAGGGCCUGCGCAACACCAUUGAGGAGCUCAGCAUGGAGAACAAGUCGCUCAAGGACAUGCUGGACAACGUGUCGAAGCGCCUGCAUGCCUUUGAGGCGAGCUCGCAGCACUCGGCCAUGGCCCUGGCCGAGAGCUACCGGGUCAUGCGGCCGGGCUCGCCUACUGCGACGCACGCCAGCGGCAAGGCUGCUAUGGAUGAUGCGCUGCGCAAGAAGGCACUGGACAUGGAGGAGCAGCUCGGCGCGGCGGUCAAGCAGAUGGAGCGGCUCGAAAAGGACAAUCGCAAGAUGCAAAAGACGCUCGACAAGUACCGCGAGAAGUGGGACAUGCUCAAGGCGGGGGCAAAGGCGCGCAGGGAGGCACAAGCCGGGGAGAGCGUCGAGGAUGCGCGGCAGAGCUAAGCAAGGCACGCGCUGUGCCGAGGGAACACCGUCGAUGAUGUGCCUCAUUAGGUACUGUAACCAUCCAUGCACGUACUGCGUCUGGGCCAUGUAGUCACAUCGGAGUGCAAGU